UACGAUACUCAGUUCGAUGUGUGUAUUCACUCUUAUAUAAACAGAAAACGUAAAAUGUGGGUUUGCUUAAAUUGUCAUGAGUUUAACAGUCCGGAGUAUGAAAAUUGUUUAGCAUGUCAUACAGCACGACCGCAAUCUAGAACAGGAAGUUCAAAAGUAUUUGUAGGUCGAAAUGAAAACAAAGCCGCUAGUCUCUUUCUCGAGGGUAUCAAAAAGUCUGUUGACAAUACUUUAGAUGGUCGAAGGAGAAGACCAGCUAGCGAAGGAACUUUGGAACAAAGACAACACAUUGAUGACGACGAAAAAGUAACAGAACAUCUUGUUAACAAAUUUGUACAUCUGCUUUCAAAUGCACCAAAUCAGCAAAAAUUUAUAAGACAUGACUCGGAUACGUCUCAGAUGACAAAUCAUAUACUGGUGGCUGCUGUGGACUUUGGUACAACUUAUAGCGGUUAUGCUUUUUCCUUUCGCCAUGAAUUCAAAGACAACCCUCUCCAGAUACAUGCCAACCAAGCCUGGAAUGCUGGAGGUCGAUCACUAUUAUCCCUGAAAACACCAACAUGUCUGCUACUGAACAACAACAAAGAGUUUGUGGCAUUUGGUUAUGAUGCAGAGAAUAUGUUUUCAGAUAUUGUAAUGGAAGGUGAACAGAACAACUACUAUUAUUUCCACAGAUUCAAAAUGAACCUACACAAUAAUAAGCAUAUCACCAAUGAAAUGGUUUUGAAAGACAUUUCUGGCAAACAUGUUUUAGCGCUUGAUGUUUUUUCAUUGGCAAUCAAAGCAUUAGUUAUGCAUUUGCUAGAUCUUCUCGAAAACAGGGGGACUAAUGUAGAGAUGAAAGAUAUACUAUGGGUAUUGACAGUUCCUGCUAUCUGGUCUGAUGCUGCUAAACAAUUUAUGAGGAAUAGUGCUAAAAAGGCAGGCAUUACAGAAAAUAAUUUGAAAAUUGCGCUUGAACCUGAGGCAGCAUCCAUUCAUUCUCAAUAUCUUCCUACAAAGAAACUAAUUGGAACUGAAAAACAAGGAUUCACAAUGACUGAGCCUGGAACAAAAUAUAUGGUUGUUGAUCUCGGUGGUGGGACCGCAGAUAUAACUGUGCACAAGAAACUGUCAAACGGAGGACUAGAAGAACUGAACCAUGCCACCGGUAAUGACUGUGGAGGAACUUCCGUGGAUGGUCAUUUCUUUCAAAUUCUUACCCAAAUUGUCGGUGGUCCCCUAAUUAAGAUAUUUCAAGAAGAAGAUCCAGAGGGUUAUUUAGAUCUCUUUCGAGAAUUUGAGGUGGUAAAAAGAACAAUACACCCGAGCAAAACAGGAAAGGUAAACUUCUCGAUUCCAUUCGUGUCACUUAAUGAAAAGUGUAAAACUCACCUAGGUGAAACCCUACCCGAUGUUUUCCUUGCGUCUCCGUUUAAAGAUGAUAUUUCAUUUCGAGGCGAUAAAAUGAAGAUUGCUGUUGAACUGAUGAAGAACAUUUUUAAGCCAUCAAUUGACCGUAUAAUAUCCCUCAUACAAUCAGUAUUUGACAGCGAUGCAUUGGUAGAUGUAGCGCAGAUUCUUCUUGUUGGCGGGUUUUCAGAAUGUUUACUUAUACAAGACGCAAUAAAAACGACAUUUCCAAAUAAAAAGGUUAUAAUACCGGAAGAGGCAGGGUUGUCUGUUCUUAAAGGGGCAGUGCUUUUCGGACAUAGACCAUUCUAUAUUGAAUCACGAAAAAUGAAAUACACCUAUGGCAUAGAAUUAAAGGGUCGUUUUGAUUCAUCUGAACAUGACAGAAAACGAUUAGUUGUGGUAGAUGGAGUCGAAUAUUGUGAUAAAAUAUUUCAAAAACUUGUAACAAUAAAUGAAACUGUUCCUGUAGGUUCGACAAUUAACCGGUCAUACGGCGCUAUAGGGACAACAACGGAAACUGACGAAUUUUCAUUCUUUAUAUCAACAGAUGAAGAUCCGCAAUAUACAGAUGAAGAUAGUUGUUCUCAUCUCGGGACAUUAAUUAUUCCCCUUUCCGAUCCAUGUGAAAGCGGAAGACCAAUAACUGCUAUGUACUAUUUUGGGGGAACGGAAAUAGCUCUAACUGCCACAGAAGUGAAUUCUGGGAUCCAUUACGAAGCCAAUUUCAAUUUGAUUUAAAACAAAGAAAAUAACCGUGUUUACAAAAAUAUAUACUUUAAUAGAAACACUAUUGAAUAAUGACCACAUAAUUUCUGAAAUGUUUUACUAUUUAAAUCUAUAUAAUAUUCUGAUUGCGUUUUAAAUCUUAUUGCAGUAUAAAAUUUGAGUUGCGUUUACGUCGGUACUGGCAUGAACUACGCAUAUUGUGUCAUAAAAAUUUGUUGUUAUAAAAUUUUUGAAUUUAAUUUAAAUUAAGAAGUAUAUCUCCCUCAUGGAAAGCUCGGGCAUCUUGUAAAAAAAAUCUUAACUCUUGUCCUUUUACAUUUUUAUUAGCCCUUCAACUUUUAAAUAAGCUUUCAAAUUGGAUUUUCAAAAAUUUUGGCCUCGAGCAUCACCGAAUAGACAUGUUUUGUCAUAGUGUACGUCUGGUGCAAUUAAUUUGGUAAUUUUAAUGUUAAAGACCAAUUUGGUCAACCUUUGGGAUUUACCUAGGUGUCGGUAUAAAUAACGCUAAAAAUUUACUAACAAUUUAGAAAUUUUGUUUUUCGAAAAAUUCUUUCUCGAAGGUUUAUUAAGGGAAAAUUGCAAGUACAUGCAUAGUAAGAUAUUUGAACAUUUAUUUAUCUUUAAAGGAAACUAACCUUGCUAUUAUAUUAAAGUCUAAAUACAUAACUAAAAAUAUAUCGCUUUACAGAUAUUAACACUUGGUUUUGGGCAAUAUCAUGUCAAUGUGUAUAUUUUGGCAUUAAAACGGACCCACUUUCAUCAAAACAUUUUAUAUUAUAGUUCGUCCGGCUAGUGAGGAAGACACCUCUCAAUGUAGUGUAGGAAAUUUUCUAUUGCUGAAAAUUCGUAUCUUUUGAAUUUUUUAGAGUCUUGGUUUGAUCGUGUUUUUGUCGAGCUGUCUAAUUGCCGUAUACCUAAAUUUUUUGGUAUUACAUGUAUGUAACAAUUACAUGAUUCUCCUGGAAUUGUCUACAGUUUAUAUUAGGUCAGGCUUAAACAAAUGGUCCCCCUUAAACCAAAUCAAAUAGCGAUUUGACAUAGCUAGUCAGUCUGCGAGGUUUUUUUUUUCGCCGGCAAGAUUAUGCCUAGUAUUACAAAUGAUUAUGAAGUCGCGAAAGUCAUCAACAAAACAAUAAAAUUAUGUCACAAUUAUUUGAACUAUACCAUUCUAUGAUGAAUUUUAAAAAAACAACAAUCAUAAUCAGACUUUUAAUAUCAUUCAAUAAAACGAAGUUUUCAUUACCACAAGUACGUUUUUUUCUUUCACCAUCUAAUACAAUUAAAGUGGAAAUGCGGGUUAAGUAGACAUGGACAUAAAUUUAGUCUUGAAGAAAACCAUCAACCUCUCAAAGAAUUUUUACAAAUUUAGUAAUUUGUAAGGAGCGCGGCACUUUUUCUCUACAUAUGGCAGCGAAUUAACGUCCCAAAUCUGACCUUAUGCCAUACUUCUGUAUUUAUCAUCGAUUUGGUAUCUUACUUAAAAGUCAAGUAUUCACCUCAGCAAUAUUUUGGAGGAUGUUUUUGAAAAUAAUGGCCGAUCAAAUACUUUGGUGUUGUGCUCUUUUGGAAAAAUAAUUUUUAAGAAUUUAGAAGAUUUAUUCCUCAGUUUAACAUAGAAAUAUAUAAAACUCUUUGAAAUAUUAGCACGGUAAGAAUGUUAUAGCCCCUUAGAAAUGUAAAACAAUAAUUUACACAAAUACAAUUUGAUACCAUGAAUUUAUCAACCAGGCAGAAUCUAGCGAACAAUAGCUAGCGAACAAUAAGCCAGCAAACAAUAAGGCGAUAUAUCGAGAAACCAAAAACAGGAUGAGACAACAACGGGCGUUAAAUAAAAAAAUAUUCAAAAAGGCAGGAAAUCAGUUAAAAUAAAGCAAUUUUAACUCAAUUUUGAAAUGGUUAUUAUCCAAUCCAUUGUUUUAACAAGUCAAAUAACUCUUUAAGCUAAUAUUCGAUACCACAAAAACCCUGCAUCUAUCAACGGAUUAUUUAUAAGUGUAGGGUCACCAAUGCACCCACUUCAAUUUAGAACGUAU